UCCGGUUUAAGCGUUUACGAUGGCGGUCGGCAAAAAUAAGGGUCUCUCGAAAGGCGGCAAAAAAGGUGGCAAAAAGAAGGUGGUCGAUCCAUUCUCUCGCAAGGAUUGGUACGAUGUUAAAGCACCGAAUAUGUUUCAAACCAGGCAGAUUGGCAAAACCCUCGUGAACCGCACUCAGGGCCAAAGAAUUGCCUCUGACUACCUUAAAGGUCGUGUCUUUGAAGUAUCGCUAGCCGACUUGCAAAAAGAUAUUGACCCCGAGCGCUCAUUCCGCAAAUUCCGUCUGAUUGCUGAAGAUGUGCAGGAUCGCAACGUGCUCUGCAAUUUCCACGGCAUGGAUUUGACCACAGACAAGUACAGAUCGAUGGUCAAGAAAUGGCAAACUCUCAUCGAGGCGAUCGUGGAGGCUAAGACCGUCGAUGGAUACCUCUUGCGCGUCUUCUGCAUUGGAUUUACGUCCAAGGACCAGCAAUCGCAGCGGAAGACAUGCUAUGCCCAGCAGUCGCAGGUCCGUAAGAUACGCGCCCGCAUGACGGACAUCAUUACCAAUGAGGUCAGCGGCGCUGAUCUGAAGCAGUUGGUUAACAAGCUGGCUUUGGAUUCUAUUGCCAAGGAUAUUGAGAAGAGUUGUCAGCGUAUCUAUCCAUUGCACGAUGUGUACAUUCGCAAGGUGAAAGUACUCAAGAAGCCGCGUUUCGAUGUGUCCAAACUACUGGAGCUCCAUGGCGAUGGAGGCGGCAAGACCACAGAGGCUGUCGUUUCCGCCGAGGGAGCCGUAAUUGAUCGCCCCGAGGGCUACGAGCCUCCCGUACAGGAAGCUGUUUAAGCUUGAUUUGGACAAAGUGCGCAUACAUGGAAAACAGUUGCAUUCAGAGACUCUGUCUUUCAAUAUAAACAACAAAAUAAAUAUAAAAAAGUAAUAUUUUA